AUGGCAGCACAUGCUGGGCGAUGUCUCGCAGCACGGCCUGCAGGAGAGUCAGCUCCGUGCCUGCCUGCUGCUGCCUAUGCCCGGCUGCUGCGCCAACUGGGCCGUGGCUUCGCAAGCGGCUGGCUUGGCCUGGCGGCCUCAGGCACGGAUCCCCCGUGCGAGAACUUAGCAGCCGCGCUGGUGCAAGAGCUGUGCUCUGCUCACAGCCAGGAAACCUUCGACAACGUGGCCUCCGCGUUGAUUGCGGUUGCUCAAGUCCACGGAGUAGAGGUCGCAGGAGCUUUGCAGAAGGCGUCUGAAAACCUGCCCUUGCAAGUGGCCUUCUCCCUGCUGCUGGCACUGCUGCAGGAUGCUUGCUCCGAAGCAUCAGAGGCCAUGCCAGGCUGGGCCCCCUUGGCAGUGUCGUUAGCUCCAAGGGCAUUGCAGGACCCGCGCGGGGCAGUGCUGCCACGCCAGCUCUUGCAGCAGCGACUCGAGAGGCAUCAGGCCCCGGAGAAGGCAGCAUGGCUGCAGGUACUCGAAAUCUUAGGUGAUCCACCACCUGCAGGAGGAGAGGAUCCAGAACCUUGGCAGCUCAGCUUGCAUCCCAAGGCGGAAGUCUCAGAGGAGCUGCGGGCCUUUUGGCCAAUUCGAGCAGCUGCUAAGCCUGCAAAGGCAGAGGUUGCUGAAAGAAAGGAAGGCGCACAAGGGACGCUGCAAGUGGACCUGUACGCGAAUCCGGCAGCAAAGGCGGCCCAGGACGCGGUGGUGGCGGCGCUGGCGCCGGCCCGGCGCUGCGAGGCGCUGCUCAGCUCCGCGAGGGCUGAGGCCCCGGAGGAGACCUUCCCGGCUCUGCUGGGCGCCUGGCGAGAGGCGCCGGAGGCCUGUGCCGCGGUGGUGCUGCGGUCGGCAGACGGCCAAGCCGGCUGGCCCACACCGGUGCUGGCACCACUGCUGGCACAGCUGGUGUGUCAAGAUGCACCAGGCUGGUGUUCCUGGCGCAACGGCCCAUUGGACCGCGGCCUCUUCACCUCGACUUGGGCAUGCCUUUGCAAGGAUGCGAAAGCAUCAGCAGGCUUCUGGCCCUGGGCUCUGAAAGAGCUGGUCAUUCCCAACCUUUGCUCCGAAGCCAGGCAGUUUGCAGCAGAUGCGGCGCGAACGCUCUCAUGCACGCUGGCUGCGGAUUUGGCAUCCCUUCGCGCAGAGAUGCAGCGGCACGAGGCUCUUCAUCAGCAGGUCACACCUUGGACAUCCUGUGCUGCGGCAGUGCGGCUGGAGUUCUUUCAGAAGGCGCCUUUGGCACCGUUGAUCCUUUCACUUGCAGAAGUGGUCUCAGAGCUGCAAGCCGCAGAGGAAGCGCUGAUCAACUGGUCGAGCCUCGCCGUUGGGCUGGCUGACAUGCCGGAGGCAGCCACCGUGCACAGGCACCUGAAGCUGCAUCUGGCACGGGUCGGGCUGGCCAGAUCGAGCUUCACUGGCUAUGCCGGGCAGCUUCUUGCUGCUGUGCUCCCUCAGGAGGGUGACCAAGACCCGGCGGUGGCGUCUUUGGCCGCUUGCCUGCGGCCACGGCGGCUGGCAGGCCAUCGCCUGGAGCUUUGGGCUUUGCUGGCAGCAGCUCUGCGCUGGCCGUCCAAGCGGCUGUCGCAGCUCAUCUUAGACGUCUUGCCCGAGGUGUUCGACGACCUGACUGUACUUACCCCUGAGGGCCCAGUGAAGGGUUGUCGUCUGGACUGCAGCGGCGAGUUUGUGGACUUUGGCGUGCGCUUACCGGUGCUGCGCUGCAUUCACUGCCUCUUUUGCUGUGCUCUAGCUCAAUCCUUGGCCCAGCCCGCUGAGGCACCAAAUUUCCUGCGGUCGGCAUGCGACGUCACUCGCAACGCGCUUGGCACACUGAAGCCAGGCUCCUUGCACCUCCUGUGCACGCACUUUGUGGCAUUUCUGUCGGCUUUCCUGGACGGCAAGCCCACUGCCUCUCCAGCGCUGAGGGCCGCUGGCCUGCUGCUCCAGUCGAUGCGCAGGAAGCUCUCGAGCAUCGGAGCUGUUCCGGACUGCUUGGGAAUGCUGGAGGAGCGCCUGAAGUCGUGGCCGAUGUGA